UGCACAUAAUCGCUUAUCAAGACGGAGCAUCCAGAAACAGAAAAUCAAAAACCUUGAAGAAUUUGGGGUUUUGUUAGGGUUUAACAGGAUCAACAACAAAUCAUAAAGAAAGCUACUUCCGCACAUAUAUCACAAAGCUCGUCAAAACCCAUCAUGAAAAGAGCUUCAAUUUCUCUUUUCUCUCACCUUUCUCGCCAGAAAACCAAGACACUAACUUCUCUCCUUUCCAGAAACUAUAUUUCUGACUCUACACACUCCUCUUCCUCUUCUUUCCACUCAUCAACCAAUUAUCUCAUUCCCUGCACCAAAACUACUGGCCUAAUCCUCAAAACUCGACAAUUCCAAGCGAGCCCAUCUAGAAACAUUGACACGCUUGUUGAAACAAAUACUCAAAUCUCCUCUAGGCAGAGGAAAAUCAACGAAAAAUCUGAACUUGAAGAGACUUUUGAGUCUGCAGAGACAGCUGAGGAGAUGCUUCAAGCUUUUAAAGAAAUGGAGGCUUCUUUCGAUGAGAAAGAGCUUGGUUUGGCUUCUUUGAAAAUUGGGUUAAAACUUGACCAAGAAGGUGAGGACCCUGAAAAGACUUUAUCUUUUGCAAGUAGAGCUUUGAAAGUUCUUGAUAAAGAUAAUAGUAAACCUUCCCUACUUGUUGCUAUGGCUUUGCAAUUAAUGGGUUCCGCUAAUUAUAGCUUAAAAAGGUUUAAUGAUAGUUUAGGUUAUUUAAACAGGGCUAAUAGGGUAUUGGUAAGGUUAGAGGCGGAAGGAAAUAUUGAUGUAGACGAUAUCAAGCCGGUGCUGCAUGCAGUGCAGCUUGAAUUAUCUAAUGUGAAAACAGCAAUGGGGAGGAGAGAGGAGGGUUUAGAGAAUCUUAGGACGUGCUUAGAGAUCAAGGAAAUGACUUUGGAGAAAGAUAGUAAGGAAUUGGGUGUGGCACAUAGGGAAUUGGCAGAGGCAUAUGUUGCAGUUUUGAAUUUUAAGGAGGCAUUGCCAUUUGGUUUGAAAGCGUUGGAGAUACAUAGGAGUGGAUUAGGGAAUAAUUCUGUGGAAGUUGCAUAUGAUAGGAGGCUUCUUGGUGUCAUUUACAGUGGGUUGGAGGAACAUGAGAAAGCAUUGGAGCAAAAUCAGUUGUCACAGAAGGUUUUGAAGAAUUGGGGUCUUAGUUCAGAUUUGCUUCGUGCAGAGAUUGAUGCAUCAAAUAUGCAUAUAGCUUUGGGCAGGUAUGAUGAGGCUAUUGAUACUUUGAAGGGUGUUGUUCAGUACACAGAAAAAGACGGUGAGACUCGAGCAUUGGUGUUUAUUUCUAUGGCAAAAGCUCUAUGUAAUCAAGAGAAGUUUGCUGACUCGAAGAGGUGUCUUGAGAUUGCUUGUGGGAUCCUUGACAAGAAAGAGACAGUUUCCCCAGUUGAAGUUGCUGAGGCAUACUCAGAGAUAGCAAUGCAGUAUGAAACUAUGAAUGAAUUCGAAACAGCAAUUUCGUUGUUAAAGAGAACACUUUCUAUGCUUGAGAAGCUCCCACAAGAACAGCACUCUGAAGGAAGUGUUUCUGCUAGAAUUGGGUGGUUACUUCUGUUGACAGGUAAGGUGCCUCAGGCGAUUCCUUACUUGGAGAGUGCUGCAGAAAGGUUGAAAGAGUGCUUUGGUUCUAAGCAUUUUGGAGUUGGGUUUAUCUACAAUAAUCUGGGGGCUGCAUAUUUGGAACUGGAUAGACCACAGUCAGCUGCACAGAUGUUUGCAGUCGCUAAAGACAUCAUGGAUGUGGCACUUGGUCCUCAUCAUGCAGAUUCAAUCGAAGCAUGUCAAAAUCUCUCAAAAGCUUAUGGUGCCAUGGGAAGCUAUUCUCUUGCAAUCGAAUUUCAGCAGCAGGUAAUUGACGCCUGGGAAAGCCAUGGACCAAGUGCACGAGAUGAACUUCUAGAAGCCCAGCGACGACUUGAACAAUUAAAAGCAAAAGCUCGAGGCGCAUCCAUAAACCAGCUACCUACCAGGGCUUUGCCCUUGCCUCAUAGUAGUCCCUCUGGCAGAAGCCUGCUGCCUGAUAUUCCUCUUAACCAGAAGUCAACAAGCAUAUAGUCUGAUCACAACGGGCAGAGUGCUCCAUUUCUUGUUUGGGUUGGUUUGUUUUCUAAUUUCCUUCUGAUGUUAGGAAGAGUAUCUUGCUGCCUGUGAUGUUUUUUUGGUCCCGCUCCCUCUCAUGUAUAAGAAUUAUCACUUUCAUGUAUACACAAACACAAGUGGCUUUUUGUUAUUCAAGGCACUGAAGAAUGUUUGAUAGAAAAAAAUGGUAUGACGCUGAGGUUAAUUCAGUAUUGAUCUGUGCUUACGGGCUGUGAUGUGUUUUUUCAUGGCUGCACCUGGGACACCAGAAAGACGAUUCAAGGAUUGCAGAAAUUAGACUGUUUUAGGAGUCUCUGGAGUUUCACAUUACUUUUGUGCACUGAAAUUGAGAAAAAAGUCUUGUUGUCA